UAGGAUGUGGUAACUUCGAUUUCACUCUUCCCUGCUUAGACUUUUAUAUUACAUCAUGUCACUAUUCGAACGAUUAGCUGCUGUUAUUAUAUAGGCACAGCUACACUGCGUUUGCUUCUCAAGGGUAUCUGGUGUUUAAAUAAAAUGAGCGGCAUAAAAUUUAUUCUGACGUCUCCCAUUAACUUUCUAAAGACAGUGCGGAGUAAUGCUUGCAUUGCUUUACCCAAGAGGACUCUAUUUGCGCAGUUCCACCACAGACGUUUACAGGGUAACGUAAGGUAUGUCCUUCCUAGCCGCCAGUCCAGCACCGCAACGGCUGGAGCAGAGAAAGGAGAGGACUCCUUCCUGAAAUGGUUGCUGUUGCUCAUUCCUGUGACCACAUUUGGCCUUGGAACAUGGCAGGUGAAGCGUAGGCAGUGGAAACUGCAGUUGAUCGAAGACCUCAAAAGUCUGACUACUGCUGAGCCCAUUAACCUCCCUGUGGAUCUCAUGGAGUUGAACAGCCUGGAGUACAGGCGGGUGAAGGUGCGUGGGCGCUAUGACCACUCUCAGGAGCUGUACAUCCUGCCACGCUCCCCGGUGGACCCAGAGCGCGAGGCCAGGGAGGCAGGACGUUUGUCCUCCAGUGGUGAAACGGGGGCCAACGUCAUCACUCCCUUCUACUGUAUGGACCUGGGGAUUACAAUCCUUGUGAACAGAGGUUAUGUUCCCAAGAACAAGAUACGGCCCGAGACGAGGAUGAAAGGACAGGUGUCAGACGAGCUGGACGUGGUUGGGGUGGUGAGGUUAACGGAACAGCGUAAACCCUUUGUUCCACACAAUGACAUAGAGGGAAACCACUGGCACUAUCGGGACCUGGAGACCAUGGCCAGAGUCACCGGGGCAGAGCCAAUAUUCAUCGAUGCUGAACUUGCCAGCACAAUUCCAGGAGGACCCAUUGGAGGACAGACUCGGGUCACCUUGAGGAAUGAACACAUGCAGUACAUUGCAACAUGGUACGGCCUCUGUAUGGCUACCUCCUACAUGUGGUAUGCCAAGUUCAUCAAAAAAGUACGUUUUUAAGUCUGGCUUCAAGGGAAACAAAGGAAUUCUACAACAGGAACCAUGGCUGUGGUGAUUAAAUUGUGUGGUAAAUAACCUUUGUAUAUAUUGGAGGCAUCAUAAAAUAAAGGCUUUUUCCAUUUGGCUACAAUUUUUCCAACACAAAACCAAAUGCAUAUACACAAAAUUAGAGACAUUGCAUCUACAAAAUGGGUACCUAUUUUACAAAUACAAUUUAAGAUACUAGUACCUACCAAUUCCCCUGUCCCACUGAAUAUUCAAGAUUUUUUUAGUAUGGGCAAAAUUCAGUUAUUGCCCCAUGAAGUUGUCAAAUUAUCAUUUAGGUAGCACAGCUCAUGUGCAGUAGACCUCUGACCAUCCAAUAAAAUCAGGGGGAAAAUGGUAAUAGUACCAAUGCUGCU